GUCAACAUUUUCCCUCCCAAAUCCAUUUCACUGAGAUGAGAUCUGUCCUCCUUUGAUUCCGUUUCCUCUCCGGGAGUCCCUCGGACCAGCUUCCGGUUCUCAAAAUUUAGCCUUCCUUUUCCAAAUGUCCUCGCAAUCUCUGCCCCCGACCACCGCCUUCCUCACCCGCGUCCCCCGCUAUUCCUCGAUCACUCGCCGCCCAUGGCGCGACUUCCUCUCCCUCUCCUCCUUCGCCCGCCCCUACUCCUUCGGCGAGGCCACCGUUUGUAUAAAGCGGAAUCUCAACUAUUUCCGCGUCAAUUACGCCAUGAUUCUCCUCGUUAUUCUCUUCCUCAGCCUCCUCUGGCAUCCCGUCUCCAUGAUUGUCUUCCUGGUCGUCUUCGUUGCCUGGUUCUUCCUCUACUUCUUCCGCGACGAGCCGUUGGAGGUUUUUAACUGUACGAUCGACGACCGCCUUGUGCUUGGGGUUCUUUCGGUAAUUACUAUUGUGGCCCUGGUUUUGACGGGUGUUUGGCUGAACGUGCUGGUCUCGGUUCUGAUUGGGGCUUUUUUGGUAGUAUUGCACGCUGCAUUUAGGGGAACGGAGGAUUUGUACCAGGACGAGAUGGAGGCCGGUGAGGGUGGCUUGUUUUCAGUUGUGGGGAGCCCCAUCACGAGAACUGGAUACAGUCGCAUUUAAUCAGAAUCAGAAGCAAGCUUAAUUGAAUGCGGUUAGUGGGUUUAGAUAAGCUGCAUUGGUUUAACCCAGAAUUGUUUCACUGCUUAUAGGUUUUUUGGUUACAUGAUAUGAUGCUUUCUUUUGUUCCCUUUUAGUCUCUAUUUUCAUGGCUAAUGUGAGUAAAUCUUGUAGAUUAAAUAGGUUUUCAUAUGGUAUUUGCUAAAAUAGAUGAAUAUUCCAUGAUUUUAUGAGGGAUUCAGGUGUGGUUAGUGGUUUCUGAAGCUUUAUGGAUUGGAUUUGGAUGGAUUGGUUAACUUGCAUUUUGAUACAGAGUUUAAUUUUGAUAAUCAUGUUGGGGAAGAUGAUGUUGCAACUUUGUGGGUGUCCCAAUUCUCAGCUUUUGAGCUUGAUUAUUAAUGAAUCUUGAUUGAAACAAGAGUUGAGUGUCCUUUUUAGUGUUUUUAUUAUGCAAUGUGCUGUAACCUCAUAUGAGGGGAAGUCUUUAAUGUGAGAUGUAAAGCAGGAAUUAUUGUUGUCACUGCUCCCAUUAAAGGCCUAGUGUAACCUGGCAUUCCACAUGUGUCAUGGAGCAAAUGGGCUCUCUCCAAAAGGUGUCAGGAAUUAUUGUUGUAAGAGGGUAAUUUUCAUGUCACAUUGGGACAUUAUUACAUUGUAGAUUUUGUUCAUUCUGGUCCCUUUGAAGGCGCCACUAACAAAAUGCUUUUGAAUGCCAUUUUGUUCUGGAUCAUGCUUAUGUGUUUUGGUUAUGGGAUUAGAUUUGUGAUGG